UCCACCUCCGUCACUGUUUCGGUCGCCGCGAAUGUCUGCGCAUGCGUGUCCGGUCCACUUUCGGUCAAAGGCAAGAGCUGUGGCUCCAUUGCUCCUGAGGACGAACUGUGUGCUUGUGUUGGCGCCCUCGCUGGCGUCGUCGCUAAAUCGGCUCUGGCACCCAUCAAAGUCGCGCUCUCUCUCGCUUCCGAGGCCGACGUCGUCGCGUCUCUUACCGCCAUGAUCUCUGCCACUGCUGAGGGCGAGAGGAAGAAGACGUGUUCGUUCCCGGCGCACGCCGUUUCGUCUUGCUCUCCCGAGAACAUCUGCGGGUUCUCCUGUCUAUCCGGUUUCAAACUCGCCAACGGCGUUUGUGUCGCUGUGGACGCUGACGUAGGUACUGCGGUUUCGCUCGCAGGUAACGUCUGCGGGUGCAUUUCUGGACCGGUCUCGGUGAGAGGAAACGACUGCGGGUCCAUCCCUCCUGCUCAAGAGCUCUGCACAUGCGUCAGCUCUCUCUCAGGCCUCGUUGCUGUAUCCACCCUCGCGCCUAUCCAAGCAGCACGCUCUUUCGCAGCCGAUGUCGAGAUCGUUGCUUCGCUCACUGCCAUGAUCGCAGCUGCCCAUGAAAGCGACCGACAGACCUGCACUUUCCCCGCACACGCAACUCCGUCGUGCUCGCGUGAAAACUUGUGCGGAUUCACCUGUCUCCCCGGGCACAAGCUUCAUGCCGGACUUUGCGUCGAUGGCGGGCUGCUUGGGCUCGGUUUCGGCCUUGGCUUCGGGAUCUCCCUUUGACGCGCAGAUUGUACACCUCAGUUACCACCGCCAUCACCCGGUUGCACCCCCGCGGGGGGUACCUAACAGGUACCCCCCUGCGGGGCCCGCGGGGGGGAUU